CAAAAAAAAAAAAAGCUUUGUUUGGUUCCGGUAGUAUUUAAUACUACUUGCGCAGUUGACUCGCAAUCGUUGGAUUGUCGUAACGCUCAAGUAUUUGGAUGUCGGCAGACUGACGACGGGCACUGCUCAAAGAAAAUGAAUCAGACGAAUCUCCCCGUUUCGGAGAUCAUAAAGAGCAAGGAGGUUGACGAGCCUAAAAAACAGUCACGAGAGGACUGGAGGAAGGCAAAAGAGCUCGAGGAGGCCAGGAAGGCUGGUACAGCGCCAGCCGCUGUCGAUGAGGAGGGAAAGGACAUCAACCCGCAUAUUCCUCAGUAUAUAUCUUCGGCACCAUGGUACUUUGGGGCAAAAGGACCCACUUUGAAGCACCAGCGCCCGCAGCCCGAGAAGCAGAGGGAAUUCAGUCGAAUAAGCGACUACUAUUCUCGAGGAGAAUUCGAUUCUAGAGCAACCAAGUAUAGAAAAGGUGCCUGCGAAAACUGCGGUGCCCUGACCCACAAGCGGAAGGAUUGCUUAGAGAGGCCUCGAAAAGUUGGUGCUAAGUUUACAAAUGAUGACAUUGCACCUGAUGAAAGAGACCUGCCAGGUUUGAACUUGGACUAUGACGGGAAGCGGGACAGGUGGAAUGGUUUUGACCCUGCCUGCUAUCAGGCUGUUAUAGAAGAAUACAGGAAAGUAGAAGAGGCAAAACGACAACUGAAGGAAGACAAGCUGAAGCAUGACAUCUUGAACUUGGAGGGUGUCAGUACACGAGAGAGAGAUGACAGUGAAGAGGAAGCUGAUGGUGAUGAAGACAAGUAUGCAGACAAUGCAGACAUGCCUGGUACAAAAGUGGACAGCAAGCAGCGCAUCACUGUGCGAAACCUUCGUAUACGUGAAGAUGUUGCAAAGUAUCUGAGGAAUCUGGACCCAAACUCUGCCUACUAUGACCCUAAGACACGUUCCAUGAGGGAUAAUCCGUACAAGAAUUCAAACAAGACUCCAGAAGAGCUGCAUUUUGCUGGUGAUAACUUUGUUCGGUACAGUGGAGACACUCAGAAGAUUGCAGAAGCUCAGUUGUUUGCUUGGCAGGCCUACGAAAAAGGUGUGGAUGUUCACUUGCAAGCAGAACCCACCAAGGCUGAACUGUUGAAUAAGGAAUUCCUUUCGAAGGAGGAGGAGUUCCGUCACUCCAUGAAGGACAGCAUUCUAGAAAAGUAUGGUGGAGCAGAGCACUUACAGGUGCCUCCAAAGGAGCUCAUAUUUGCCCAGACGGAGGACUAUGUUGAGUAUUCAAGGCAUGGUGAAGUGAUUCGUGGUGCUGAGAAGCCUGUCAUUCGGUCCAAGUAUGAGGAACAUGUCCUUAUUAACAACCAUGCGUCUGUCUGGGGAUCCUACUGGAAGGACUUCCAGUGGGGAUACAAGUGCUGUCACUCAUUAAUAAAGAACUCGUACUGCACUGGCGCCAGUGGCAAGGAAGUACAAGCUAUGGCGGGAGGUGCAAUGCUUUUACCAGCCAAAAUAAUGGGAGCUCCUACUGUCAGCACUGAUGUUGUCCAUGAUGAGAAUGUUGAUGAGAAGGUGGAGGAGGAGAAGGUUGAUGAGAAGAUCGAGCCACCAGAGGAGAAAAGCACACAGCCCGCAUCGGAAGAGCAGUGGAGUGAACCACCACCUGUAGCCCCUGUAACUGGUACUAAGUCUCCAGAAAAGACAAAGUCAAAGAAAAAGAAAAAGAAAUCCAAGAAAGCCAAGAAACAAAAACGACUGAAAAGCAGCAGCAGCAGCUCAGACAGUGAGGACUCUGAUGCCAAGGCAGAGAAAGAAAAGAAAGAAAAGAUUAAGAAGGCCAUGGAGCAAAUUGACAAAGACAACACUCAAGAGACUGAUGAACGCAAGCGGAAGUACAACAGCAUGUACGAUGUGAAAGCACCAACGGAAGAAGAAAUGGAGGCCUACUACAUGAAACGCAAGAGAGAUGAUGACCCAAUGGCAUCAUUUAUGUCAUGAUAAUUUUUUAUUGCACUGACUUUCUGUGUCAUAACAUGUACAUAUUGUUACAGCUCUAUCCUAGUGUGCAUAAGUGUUGCAUAUGUCAAUAAGUGGUGUCCACUACAGUGCAGUGUAUUAUUGAAUUAACAGUCAACUUGAAAAGCAAGAACUCUGCACUCAUUAUAUGUGUAAAUGCAUAUUUCUUUCCACAAUGUGGCAUGGGCAUAAAUUUGCAAAGGCAAAAAAUAGUCUUAAUUUUGGCAGAACAUGCGAUGCUGUAGUAUGCAUACAUGCUGCUUAUGUGAAUAUUAGUAGUUUGUCGUUGUUCUUUAAUGUUGCUUAUAUGAGAUUUGCUGUUACCAUUUUUUUAAUAAGCUGGGUGUGUAUACUUUCCAGUUGUUUGUUAAAUACAAAAGCUGUGAUCACAUGCCAAAACUGUAAAAGCAGAGAGUGAAUGAAUCAUAAGGUUAUAAGUGCUUUCUGCAUUUGGCAUUUGAUUAUUCUACAUCUGUAAUGUGUAUUUACAUAGUUGUGCUCUAAGGCAAUUUUAAACACAGUAGCAACAAAGCUCUUUUCAUCCGACUUUCCAUUAUUGUUUGUGUACCAAUUAAGUGAUUCAAAAACAUCUCCACACAUAUAUUUGUUAAAUAAACACUGACAAAAUGAAACCAGCUUGCAUGUUCUUGAAGCUUGAGUGAAAUUACAUAAAUAUGUGUAUAUGGCAAUGCACUUCAUGCUAAGUAUGUCUUUUUGGAACCUUGAAUUAAUCAGAAGGAUACUGUUUCUUGCUAAGCAAUGAAAAGCUCAUUGCCAAAAAAUUCAUACGACAGUUACAUUGAGAAAGCAAAAAAAAAAAGUUAUUUUAUUGUUGGACUGUCUUGUGUAUAUACAUUUGGAUGGUAAAAUAGUUAUGCAAACAUUG